AUGCCUUUCGGUACCUUCGAGCUCACUGGGGAUGCCAUCCCUCAAUACGCACCACCAUAUCCCACCGGCGACUGCGACUUCACCGGCUCAACCAUCCUAGUCAUAACCUACCGUACGACCGCACAAAGCGUCGCUCCCUUCGUUCCCAACAUGCUUGAACUAGAGGACGAGCCUCUCAUCACCGUCCGCCUCCUCCGACACAGCAUGACUUCCUUCGGCCCAUACAACGAGUACACCCACGGCGUGGACGUGCGCUACCGCGGGGAGAAAUAUGAAUUUUUCCUCUCCCUCAUCCUUGACAACGAGUCCCCCGUCCUAGCUGGCCGAGAGCAAUACGGCUUCCCCAAGAAGUUCGGUACAGUGGAGUUCAACCCGUCUGAGCCAUGUGGGACCCGAGUGAUGCGCGGACAUGUCGAGCAUCCUCCACACCAGAAGAUCCUACAGAUGAACUAUAGUCCCGUUCGGAAGCAGGCGGUCCCGGAUGUGGGGAUGACGGUCGAAACACGCUGUAUGAAUCUACGUGUGCUGCCUUCGCCGAUUGCGGGACAGCCUCCAUCGGUGAGGGAGUUGAUGCCUCUGGCGCUUAAAAUCACGGCGAAGGAGAUCUGGGAGGGUGAGGGUUCAGUGUCGUUCCCCGAGCCGUCAGAGGUGGAUCCGAUGCAUCUGAUCGAGGUUGUGCGGUAUGAAAGUGCGCAUUUCUUGCGGGAGGCUAAUCUUUGGCUCGGUCCGACGGGGGAUGUUUAUUCUGUUUAG